CUGUCUCCUCUGUUCAGACUCAUGCAUUGAUUUGCAGUGAAUUUUGGAAGCGGAGUUUCAUAGACAGUGGUUAUUCCCGUUCUUUCCUCGCCGGGAAAAUACGUUUCAGAAUGUGGUAACUGACAUUUCUGUGCAACAACAAAGAAUUCCCCGGUAUGCAAACUGUGAAUGCGUAUGUGUUUGAACAAUAGCUCAUUGGAAAGAGGAAGAGAUUUGGACAUUUCUCGGCGUACAAACGAGGUUUAGACUGGAUGGCUUUUCCCUCAAAUACUUAAAUAUACUUUACGUCAUCUCAUAUCUGACAGCCAAUAACGGAUGGCUAUUGUAGGGUAAUAUUGUUGUAGAUAUCUAUGUCGUGAUCGCGUGCUUUUGCAUUAUGAUGUAUUAGUUACGGUUGUGUAUUGAACAGUCAAGACAAUAUAUAUUAUAACGUAAUAAAAAAAACGACGUUUACUCCGUAAAAUUACAUGUUAUUUCUGUAGCCUAUUAUUGUUUUAGGAGUCUAGUUCUAUAAAACAAUUUAUCUGGAGUUGCGUCCUGUGCAAACACCAGUGAUAUACUAAAACAUUGCGUAUUAAAUGACAAGACUGCCCAGCGGUCAUUUUAGGGGUGAGCUUAAAAUUUUCUAAAUCUCGUCGGUUAUCUGGAAACUCCCUUCUCAUAGGACUGGGCAUUGACUGAUUUAGGGGCGUACCCUUUACAGAUAAGACGCGCAGACCCCUGCUGGCUUAUUUAACAGUCGUGCAUGGAACUUGGACGUGCUUCACUCUCAUCGGACAAAAGACCACACGAUUUAAAAAAUAAUAAUUACAAAAUGAAAACCUUCGUCUUUAACUUCUGGAUGGCAUGCAUCUUGGUGGCAGCGAAUGCAUGUGACCCAGACAGGCAAUAUGAGAAAAAUGGGGUUUGCUGUAGGAUGUGUCCUCCAGGUACCCGAAUGAGCCACGAUGCCUCUUGCGAAGACCCCAACUGCAUUCGCUGUGGAGAGCACGAGUAUCAGCCCGACUUCACCCGGGAGUACCAAUGCCAACUGCAACCCUUCUGUGACCCAAAUAUGAAUUUUGAUCAGGUGCCGCCGGAUCCCACAAAGAGGGUCUCCUGCAAAUGCAAGCCAGGACACCACUGCUCCAGCGAGGAGUGCCUGACCUGUGUUCCGAACACUGACUGCAAGCCCGGACAAAGAGUGUUUAUAAAGGGGGAAGGGUCCAGCGACACCGUCUGUCAGGCGUGUGAGCCAGGGAUGUUCUCCAACAAGAGCUCUGCCGAACAAUGCCUCAAGUGGAGGACGUGUGAUGAGAAAACAGAACAGAUUAAGACAAGCGGCACUCCGACAUCAGAUGUGGAGUGUGAGGAAAUACCCACGAAUUUGGGGUUAGCAGUGGGUCUCCCCGUGUGUAUACUCAUAGUUGUUGCCGCUGCUGUUGCACUCCGCUGUUCAAAGAAAGGCCAAAACUGUCUGAAAAACAUUAUCAAAAAGAAAAAUCCUGGUGACAUGAAACAUGGCCCUCUGAUGCAGCCGGAGGAGGAGCUUCCGCAAAAGCCGGUGAAUCUACUGUGCGUGGAAGAUGAGACGGUGGAAGGGCCGGUGGAGAACGAGGAUACCCAGCCCUGUCCAGGGAGAGACUUGACGGAGAACUACAAGCCUCUGAGGCAGGAGGAGGGAAAAAUGGAGCACAUCUCCGAAUCCGAAGAGCAGUCACCUAACUCGGCAGAGAGCGUUUACCUGGCAAAGUACUCUUGAAAGGCUGUGAUAUCUGCUGCAUUUCCACCCAAGGACUGUGGCCCAGGUUACUAUCUUCCAAAUAUGGUGUGAAGCCCCUGGUAAUGGCAAGGAAUUAACAGCAACUGGACAGAUGGGGGCUUUCGAGGGGUGAAGGUUGUGAGAACAUUCAAAUGUAAAGUUCCUGAAGGAAUUCUUGGAAGUGCAGUCUGGUUUUCCUUGGGCAGACCAUCUUCCCCGAAUGUGCCCUGAAAGGGAUGAAUGUAGCCUGCAGUUCCCUGCAGUUACACGUUGCUAAAUGUCCUUCUCUGUCUCGGUAGCUAUAGUGUAUUUCCUUGUGGGUAGUUAGUCAUGUGACUUAUUAAAUCCAGUGUGUAUGUGAAGGCACAUUCCAGCAUACAUAUUUUAGAGCAUUCAGCUUAUUGCACGUUCUGUUAUUGACAGUCAACUAACCAUCAUUAAUUAAUUUGCAUGUUUUCUUACAUUUGCUCUUUUGAUAUUCAAUUGCUUGCCCUCUUGAACAGAAAAGGUGUAGUAUAAUGGUUCAGAAACUGGGCUCACGUUGCAGGUUUUCUUGCCCUAAUUUGGAAUGUCCAGUUAAUCCCGACCACGUCCAACCACAAACUCCACGAUACGGUACAAACGGGAGUGUGCAGUCCCAUGGCUUGACUCCGAAACUAUAUGCACAAACUGACCAAACUCGCACGAAGUGGAAUCAGAGGAAUUCCAAGUGGACCCGAUUGAACCGACCUGUACCCUGGGCCACACGAGCACCGAUCGGCAAUUGUGCAUUUCCCCCUGUGGGGCUAGCUACCACAGUCGAUACUGGCACAGUUCGGUUUUGAACCGAGGCUCAUCCAUGCAUCACAGCGUGGUGCCUGCACUGAAUGAGCUACCCAGCAGCCCCAGGAGGGGAAGGAAACACAAUCCAGUGCAUCGCAAGCCUGUGACAUCCGGUCUUAUGAAACCUCCGCUUUAAACAGCCAUUGGAGUAUUAGUUAAUAAUCCUUUUCAACACAUUUAAGACAUUUGUGGAAGGAAGAUGAAACAGAGCCCUCAGUCAUAUAUAACUUCAGCAAGCUGCAAAGUGUGAACUGCUACAUUCCAAACAAGCUUUGCACGGAUUUUGUUUCAAGGCUACAAGCAUGCUGUGAGUUUAACUCUCGCUGUGCAAACUGCAAGAAUAAAAUCACUGUAAUGAAUUGUAUAAAAUUAUUGAUCCACUGUAUUUAUGCUUAAAAUGGUAAUCUACAUUUCCAGGUAUUGAAAUAAAUGGGUUACAGUUUGCAUGCCUUCAUUCUAGAGAGGAAAAUAAUGUAAAUAUGUUGAUAGGCUGUAUUCUGAGAAGUUAUGUGUACUUAUCUGUUUACUAUAAAUAAAAUGAUAGUGUCAUA